GAAGGUGGCUGGGCUGAGCAGCUGAAGACAAACGAGAAGGACGAGCGCAAGGAGGACAAGGAGGAGGAGAAGUUUUGUUUGACAUCGUCACGGUCGCCAGGGUGGAGUCACAUCAGCUGUCAAUCACUGUUCAACAUAAAGGAUCAGUCAAGCUGAAACAAACAUCUUUGCUGUGCGCCAUGUUCUGGAAGCACGCCACCUGGUCUUGGCACCGCGAUGACGACGGUUAUAUGCUCACCGCAGAACCUUGGAGAAACCUGGACUCUGGCACAGAUCCCCACCGGAACCACACUGCCGGCACAGCAGCUGGAACUGCUCCUGAAGAGACCCGCGACACCGGCGACCUGUCCACGCCGCACGCCAGCCAUGUGACCAGACACGCCAAAACACAGCUGAUGGUCAGUGUUAUCCGAGGAGACGACGGCUUUGGGUUCACUAUUUGCUGCAACAGUCCAGUGCGGAUUCAGUCUGUGGACACGGGAGGUCCCGCUCAUCAGUCUGGUCUCCUUGAGGGAGAUGCUGUUCUGCAGCUGAACGGGCUUCCUGUGGAGACCUGGAAGUGUGGCGAUCUGGCUCAUGCUAUCAGGAGCUGUCCCACUCAGAUUGUCCUGGUGGUGUGGAGAGGGUCACCUGGGUUCAGGGCGGGCUUUUGUGAGUCUUUGCUCCACCCACUAGCAUCCAGCAAGACCACAAAGUUGCUGCCUCAACCCGCCCACAGUAAACAUGGCCGCAGACGGCAUCAGGGAUCAGUGGUGAGAUCUAGUCUGGGGGUACUAGGUUCUCUGUGGAGGGACUGUAAAGAAGAUGAAGAACAUUGCACCGGUGUGACAUCAAGUGGCGACAAUUACAUCAUCCUGUCUCCUGUUGGUCCAGAAGAACAGCUCCUCCAUCCUGUCCUCGAUGACAGAGCCAGGACGAUCGGACGUCUAUACCAGACUCUCACCGGGAGAGGUCUGAACCUUCUCAAUGAACAGCAAGACGGGUCGUCAUGGCAACCACUCACCCGCCACGCCGUCAGCUUGGCCACUUCCACCUCCGCUACCUUGCGUAACUACGGCAACUACCAGAACUGCACCAUCAUUCAAUCACAUGUGCCCUCCUACAACACCCUACAUCCUACAACGCUCAUCUUCCCCGUAUCUGUUCAGCCUUUGGAUCUGUGCAGUCCUGACAGAAUGCUGCUACUGCCAGAAGAAAUGAUUCUCCACCAGGCUGACCAACUGCCUCAAAAGGUGACUGUUUUGAUCUACAGUGAUGUUCUGCUGGUCAGCAGAAAGGAUGAAGCUGGACGCUGUCACGUCCUGAUGAGUCCACUGUACAUCAACACACUGCAACUUCAAGAGGGUAACAUUGCUGAUAUCAUUAUCAUCACUAGUAGUCGUUUGUUGUUGGUUGUUUGUUUGUUUGAGUACUUUGUUGCAGUGGCGUCGACGCCUCGUCACAUCUACUUCCUGCAGAGUGCUUCCAAGGGUUGGCAGGUGGUCUUCAGUUUGGAAGCCUUCAGUUUGGAGCAGAAGCUUCGAAUGAGUCUCUGUCUCCAUGACAACAUCCAACAACAGCUGGUUGCCAUGGAGACUGUAGACAGCCAGCAGUUCUCAGACCUCACCUCCUUUCCUGGCUCCUUUCCUGACUCCUCUACAGAUCCUCACCUCCUCCACCCGUCUCCUACCUUCCCUCCCCUGAAAGUCACCCCUCCUCCUGCCUUCUCUUCUCCCGCCACUACAGUUUUACCCACCUUGACCGAGCUCCUCCCCCCUCCUUUGCCCUCACCUGUCUGGAAGGAGAGAGGGGCAGGAGGGGAGGAGGAGGAGCAUCAGCAGGGGGAGGGGGAGAGUGCCUCUGAAAUGUCAGAAAAUGUUGGGGGGCGGGGCUUACUCCUCAACCCCGCCCAUUUCACAUUAGAGGCGCAUAAGAGUAAUGAAGAGGAGGAGAGAACACAUACCGCAGAGGACUUAAGCUCCGCCUCCACACCGGCAGUCCUCAGGCGCUCACUUUCUGAGGGUUCUCUGCAACAACCUCCAUCAGGCCACUCGCGUUCUGACAGCACCAUCCACUGCCUCACCCGCGCCCUAACCUUUCACCUCCACACCUCCCACCCCUCCCUUCACACUCUCAGGAAACACCUGACAACAGAGGACGGCUCUCUUCACCACAUGCUGCUGCUCAAUGGCUCCAAGGAUGUUGAAGUUAGAAAUCACCUUAGGAAGAAAACCAAGAGUCUUGCUGCAGACGUGCGCAGUGGUUUUCCGUUCCUGCGCAGACGGAAGCGUUGGGUCCAAUGUGGCAGCUUGGAGAGAGCCCUGAGGAACACCAGCGUGUCUUCCUCCAGGCCGUCUGCAGGGGAGGUAUUGAAGUGGGCGGAGAGUCUUGAGGCCCUCUUGGCCAAUCAGUAUGGUCUUGCGGUGUUCCGUCACUUCCUGAAGUCCGAGUUUAGCGAGCAAAACCUGGACUUUUGGUCGGCUGUGGAGAGAUUCAAGGAGACACACCCCCUCAGCAAGAUGGCUGCCAGCGCCGCCAAAAUCUAUGAGGAGUUUAUCUCAAGCAGCGCACCCCGGCAGGUGAACGUGGAUUCAAAGGUCAGAGAGUCAACCAAUCACAGCCUGCGUCUCGGCGUUCACCCCGCCUCCUUCCAGCUGGCCCAGGAUUGCAUCUUUGACCUGAUGGAGGCCGACAGCUACCCACGAUUCCUCAAGUCCCACCUCUAUGCUCAACUGGCCAAUCAGGACACAGGGGUGGUCCAUUAGAGCCAAGCAACUUCUGGCCAGCCCGCCAAUCAGAACCGUAGCCCAGAACCUGACAACCAAGACUUGUAAUCCUAUGACGAGAUCCAUUCCUGUUCGACUGCGCCAGGUUCAGAUAGGUCAAAGAAGUUCUGACUGGACAAACAUUGUUCAGAGGUUCUGACACACGUAAGCAAUGAAGUCAACUUCAAUGUGUCACAUGAUCAGCUAGAAGAUGACAAAACCAACCUGACAGAAGAUACCUACAGUAGAAGAUGAUGGAACCAACCCCAUAGGCCAGUACCGGGCUGCGGGGCUUGGGGACCACUGCCAUAGAAGACUGCCAAACCAACUCCAUAGAAGACUACAGAACCAACCCCAUAGAAGACUACAGAACCAACCCCUUAGAAGACUGCAGAACCAACCCCAUAGAAGACUGCAGAACCAACCUUAUAGAAGACUGCAGAACCAAUCCCUUAGAAGACUGCAGAACCAACCCCAUAGAAGACAACAGAACCAACCCCGUAGACUACAGGAAUCAAUGAAUAGGGUCAAUGAAUUAAUGAACCAACCUGAUAGAAUAGACAGAACCAACCAAUCAAUGCUUUUAAGUGUUAAUGGGGACGAAUAAAAGAUGA